CUGACACACACACUCACACACUGCGGGUAGAGUGGGCUACAAGGAAGUUUAGUCUUUGUGUGUGUUGGUUGGCUGUGUGGCCGCCUCCCUCUCUUCAUUUCCUGAAUCCCGCUCCUCUGGUUCACAGCGAUGUGGGAAACAAACGCGCAUUAAUGGACUAAAAACGGGAAAAUGACGAGCGAAGCUCAGCUGCUACUUGCCGCGUUGUGACGACUUACACCAAUGGGCUGAAGGUGUGGGUGGGGCCAGAAUGAGUGCUGAGCUGCUAUUGGAGGAGAUCCUCAUAAAGCGUUCGCAGCAGAAGAAGAGGACGUCGCCGCUGAACUACAAGGAGAGACUGUUUGUCCUCACCAAGAGCAGGCUGACGUACUACGAUGGAAGAGCUGAGAAGAAGUUCCGAAGAGGCUCGAUCGAGCUGAGCCGCAUCAGAUGUGCGGAGAUCGUCAAGAACUCAGGAGGAAUCAUCCCCUGCCAGAACAAAUACCCCUUUCAGGUGGUGUAUGAUGCCAACACCCUCUACGUAUUCGCUCCGAGUCAUGACAGCCGAAGUCUGUGGGUGCAGAGCCUCAAAGAAGAGAUCAAAGACAACCCUGUGGUCUCUGCGAAGUUUCACCCUCAGUUCUGGCAGGAAGGGGCAUGGCUCUGCUGUCGCCAGGCGGAAAAACUGGCUCCGGGCUGCGCGGAGUACAACCUGUUUGGAGACAUUUCCAGAAAACCUCUGCCCCCGAUUCCUGGAGAGGAGCGUAAAAACAAGAGGCAGAGGCGGCCCCCUCCUCCCCUCCCUCUGGAGGCUGAAGAUGACGAUGAUAAUUUUGAUGAGGAGGAGGAGGAAGAAGAGGUGGUGGUAGCGCUGUAUGACUUCCCGGGUACUGAGCCGCAAGACCUGAGUCUGAUCAAAGGAGACGAGUACGUCAUUCUGGAUAAGUGUGACGUCAACUGGUACAAGGCACGCAACAUGUAUGGCGAGGAAGGCUACAUCCCAAGUAACUAUAUAACAGAGAAGAAAUCCGGAAACCUGGUGCAGUUUGUUUGGUACAGUAAACAAGUCAACAGGAACAAGGCAGAGGAGCUGCUGAAGAAGGAGGACAAAGAGGGAGCCUUCAUUGUCAGAGACUCCAGCACCACGGAAACCUACACCGUGUCUCUUUAUGCCAAGUCUGUUGCUGGCGAAGGAGGUUCAACUAUAAAACAUUACCACAUCAAGGAGACACAAGGCACGCCUAAACAGUUCUACCUGGCUGAGAAACACUUGUUUAGCUCCAUCCCUGACCUGAUCGAGUACCACAAACACAACGCAGCAGGUCUUGUUGCCAGGUUAAGGUAUCCUGUAGGGAAACAGGACAAGUGUGCUCCGUCCACUGCUGGAUUCAGUUACGAGAAGUGGGAGAUCGACCCCAGUGAGUUGACCUUCAUGAAGGAGCUGGGCUGCGGUCAGUUCGGUCUGGUGAGGCUCGGCAAGUGGAGGGCUCAGCACAAAGUGGCCAUCAAGGCCAUCAGAGAGGGAGCCAUGUACGAGGAGGACUUCAUCGAGGAGGCCAAGGUCAUGAUGAAACUGUCUCACCCUAAGCUGGUGCAGCUUUAUGGAGUGUGCACCCAGCACAAGCCCAUUUACAUCGUCACAGAGUUCAUGGAGCACGGCUGCCUGUUGAACUUCCUCAGGCAGCGGCGGGGCAGCUUCAGCCUGGGGUCCUUGCUGAGUAUGUGCCUGGACGUCGGCGAGGGCAUGGAGCACCUGGAGUCCAACGGCUUCAUCCACAGAGAUCUGGCGGCCAGAAACUGUCUGGUAAAUGACUCUCUGGUGGUGAAGGUGUCGGACUUCGGGAUGGCCAGAUACGUGUUAGACGAUCAGUACACCAGCUCAUCGGGUGCUAAGUUUCCUGUGAAGUGGUCGCCUCCUGAAGUCUUUAACUUCUGCAAAUACAGCAGCAAGUCAGACGUCUGGUCCUACGGUGUGUUGAUUUGGGAGGUUUUCACUGAGGGGCGAAUGCCGUUUGAACAGAGUCAGAACCACGAGGUGGUUACCUUGGUUACAAAGGGUCACCGCCUCUUUAGACCCAAAAUGGCCCCGUCCGCCAUCUAUGACAUCAUGCAGAUGUGUUGGCACGAGAGACCGGAGGAGCGCCCAUCGUUCCAUAAGCUCUGCACGAUGAUCUCCGACACUCUGGAGAGUGACACCCCUCCCCCAAACUGAUCAGCUGACCAAUCAGCUGCUUCCACUAUCCACGCAAACUGUGUCGGCCAUGUUGGCCCCAACACAGAGAACAGUGUAAUAGUAUUCACAGUGUCUGGAACUGGCCAAUCAGAUGGAGAUGAUUUACCAAUCACACCAGCUGUAGUCCACUCUUCCACCAAUCACAUCGGUUUAUCGAAUGAAGACAGAUGUAGAAACUGAGGCUGCGUUCACAACACAAACUGCUGCUCAGGCUGGAUCUGUUUCUGGACGACCGACGUGAACUUACAGUGAUGUUGAAACACGUAAUGUGCUCUCGUAAUGAACACCUGAUCCAGCGUGUUUCCUCCCAGUCGGACACGGGCAUCAAGUGCUUUGACAGUGUUAAAGAGAGCUGCCUCAGCUAACAAAAGUAUAUCAAGCCACAACAAACAAUAUGAAGCUUAAUUUUCCUCCCAGUAAAGACAUUUAAGGAU